AAGUGCUAUCCAAUGCAGGAAGUAGAACUGUGAGUCUUGUUUAAUUCAACAAGUAGCGGCGGAAUUAUAUAUUUAACACUCUCGACACCAUUGUAGCUUGCAAAACAUAUAUCCGAAACAAAAGAUAGCAUCAUCAAUGGUGGGAAAGGGCCAAGGACCGGCGAUUGGGAUCGAUUUGGGGACGACGUAUUCAUGCGUGGCAGUGUGGCAGCACGACCGCAUUGAGAUCAUACCCAAUGAUCAGGGCAACCGCACCACGCCGUCUUACGUGGCCUUCACCGACUCUGAGCGUCUCAUCGGAGACGCCGCCAAGAAUCAAGCCAAACUUAGCCCUACUAACAUUGUUUUUGAUGCAAAGAGGCUAAUUGGCCGCAAAUUCAGUGACCCAAUGGUUCAAAGUGACAUGACACUCUGGCCAUUCAAGGUCAUUGCUAACCCUAGCGACAAGCCUAUGAUAGUUGUAACCAACAAAGGUGAGGAGAAGCAGUUUUCAGCCGAGGAGAUCUCUUCAAUGGUGCUCACCAAGAUGAAGGAUAUUGCGGAAACAUAUCUUGGAUCAACCGUCAAGAAUGCUGUUGUCACCGUGCCUGCUUACUUCAACGACUCUCAGCGUCAGGCAACCAAGGAUGCGGGAACCAUUGCUGGUCUUAACGUUAUGAGGAUCAUCAAUGAGCCUACUGCUGCAGCCAUUGCAUAUGGCUUGGAUAAAACUGCUAUUACCUUCGGGGAAAAGAAUGUGCUCAUUUUCGACCUUGGUGGUGGCACGUUGGAUGUGUGUCUGAUGACGAUUGAGUGGGGCGCAAUAGAAGUGAAGGCUAUUACUGGUGAUACUCAUCUUGGAGGCCAGGACUUCGACAGCAGGAUGGUGAAUCACUUCAUUAAAGAGUUCAAGCGCAAAGAGGGUAAGGAUAUUAGUGGGAAUCCAAGAGCUAUUAGGAGAUUGAGGAGUGCUUGUGAAAAGGCCAAGAGGGCCCUUUCCUCUGCUGUCCAAACCACAAUUGACAUCGAAUCCUUCUUUGAGGGGAUUGAUCUAUUUUCGACUAUCAGUCGUGCUAAAUUUGAGGAACUUAACAUGGAUUUAUUCAACAAGUGUAAGGAGCAGGUGGAGAUGUGCUUGAAGGACGCAAAGAUGGAAAGGAGUAGCGUCCAUGAUGUGGUGGUGGUGGGCGGGUCUAGUAGGAUCCCCAAGGUGCAGCAGCUGUUGCAGGAGCUGUUCAAUGGGAAAGAGCUGUGCAAGAGCAUUCAUCCGGAUGAAGCUGUGGCUUAUGGUGCUGCUGCGCAAGCUGCCAUAUUGAAUGGUGAAGGCAGUGGCAGGGUACGAGAAUUGGUUCUUUUGGAUGUUACUCCAUUGUCGCUUGGUACUGAUGCUUGUGGAGAUGUGAUGAGUGUAAUUGUUCCGAGGAAUACAACUAUCCCUACAAGGAGGGAGAAAGGAUACGUGACGGGCGAAGACAAUCAGACCAAUAUGUCAAUCCAAGUGUACGAGGGCGAAAGAAGCAAGGCAUCAGACAACAAUCUGCUAGGGAAAUUCAGCCUCGAAGGCAUUCCAGCGGCGCCCAGAGGUGUUGUUAAAGCCAAUGUGUGCUUCGAAAUUGAUGCGAAUGGUAUCUUGAGUGUGUCAGCGGAGGAGACGACGACCGGAAAGAAGAUGAACAUCACCAUCACCAACGACAAGGGCAGGCUGUCUAGUGAAGAAAUAGGGAAGAUGGUGAGGGAUGGGAAGAAGUACAAGUUUGAGGACGAGGAGUUUAAGAGGAAGGUUGAGGCCAAGAAUGCUUUGGAGAAGUUGGCCUACGACAUGAGGAACAUGACUAUCAAAUGUGAUAAGAUUGAAGCUGGUGACAAGAAGAAGAUCGAGAAAGCUUUAGAGCCUGUUAUGAAAUUGUUGGAGGCAAACAAACUUGCAGAAGUUGGUGAUUUCAAAGACAAGAUGAGAGAGCUGGAGAGCGUUUACAGCCCCAUCGCCGCCAAGAUGUCUUAAACCCGAUUUACAGAAUACCGUGUGGCUCUUUAACUUCACUAUCAACAUUUUCUGGAUUUUGUUUUUGUAUUUUCUUCGUUUUUGCCUCUUUGUUUAAGUGUGUGUAAGACCGAACAUACAAAAAAUGAUCUUUUCUUUUCGAAGGACUA